GAUUAUUGUGCCAUCGCUUAACUCAAUGUUUCUGCGUAAAUGAAUAAUGUUAUCCGACUUGUAGCAACGGAUAAGGAAUCAUGGAUUCAUCUUAGGGUUUCGGUUUUCCUUCCUUCGCUGUUUUUGCCAGUGGCUGGACCUAUAAUUUGCUGAAAUUUCCUGCGAAUAGUAGGUUCGUGUUACUGCCGCUUAUCGUGCUGUGUUGAGUUGAACGGGAGGUGAAUUUAGUUUAGAGAGGAAAUUAAGGGAAUCAUCACUAAUGCUUGUUUUGAGUUAGAGGCGAAGCGUUAAGACGUAGAAGAGUAGAACAUGCCGCGGGGCUUCACUGGUAAUGGUGCAUUGUGAGAGCGUGUUGGUCAUUUGCGGUUUUUUUCCCAACGAGACAGUGGUGUUAUCUAGUGGAGUUUUUAGUGAGUGAUUACGAAGUUUGCUAGUGUUUUAUUAAUUGGUUGGUUCUACCGUAUGUGACUAACUCUGGGUUUGGUGUUCGUUUCGAGUUGAUGAAAUGCUGCUUUAGUGGUCAUGGCGAGAAACAAUCUCAUUCUGAAUUCCCUGGACAAUCAUGGCUGGGAAAGGAGAAAAAUCGUGUCCCAUAUGCACUGAGGAGAUGGACCUGACUGAUCAGCAGCUGAAGCCAUGCAAAUGUGGUUAUGAGAUCUGUGUCUGGUGUUGGCACCAUAUUAUGGAAAUGGCACAGAAGGAUGAAACUGAGGGCCGUUGUCCAGCCUGUCGUUCACCUUAUGACAAAGACCGCAUCGUGGCAAUGGCAUCAAACUGUCAAAGAUUGGUAGCUGAAAUGAAUUCACAGCAUAAAAAGAAAAUGCAAAAAUUGAAUUUGAAGCCUAAAUCAUUGGAUGGAAGGAAACAUCUCUGUGAUGUUAGAGUCAUUCAACGCAACCUAGUGUACAUAAUUGGGUUGCCUCUUAAUCUUGCAGACGAAGAGCUACUUCAGCGCAGGGAUUACUUUGGCAGGUAUGGAAAGGUUUUGAAAGUGUCAAUAUCUCGAACGGCAAAUGGCAUAAUCCAACAUUCUGCAAACAAUAGCUGUUGUGUGUAUAUAACUUACUCAAAAGAAUCCGAAGCAGUUCGAUGUAUUCAAUCCGUGCAUUGUUUUGUAUUAGAAGGUAGACCCUUGAGGGCUUGUUUUGGAACCACAAAGUAUUGUCAUGCGUGGUUGAGAAAUGUGCCUUGCAGCAAUAGAGAUUGUUUAUAUCUACAUGACCAUGGUUCUCAUGAGGAUAGCUUUACCAAAGAUGAACUAGUUUUAGCAUUUGCAAGGAGUAGAGUUCAACAAAUCAUUGGUGCUACAAAUAAUUUGCAUCGGCGUUCAGGGAAUGUUUUACCACCACCAGUAGAUGAUCCUAAACUUGUGUCAUCAGCUACCAAAUUAAUGUCCAAGAGUUCUUUAGAUAAAUGUGAGAACCAGAUUAAAGGAUCUGCUUCAGAUAUUGGGGCUGUCAAUUCAUCAGCGCUUCCUGCAGUGAACUCUUGGGUUAGGUGUGUUUCUGGCAGUCUUUCACAGGAUACAAGUUCAUGCCCUGGUGAUCUGGCCAAUCGAAAGGUUGAGGCAUCUAAUGAUCCACAAGCCCUUGUGUCAAGAGUUGCUUGCACUGAAAGUUCUAUUCUUAAUACAAGAAGAUUGGAGGAAGCUGAAAAUGGCUCUGCUGUGCAUUUGAAUGGUUCCUUCGUACCUUCAGAGAUGAACAAGCAUGAUAUUGGUGGGAAUUCUCAAACUCGGGAGUCAAAUGUUUUCAGUGAAGUUACUGUGGAAAAGCUUCCUGGCAAUGUAUUGUCUAGCUAUGAAACACCUCUAGCAGCUUUUAUAGGCAAUGAUCAAGAUAUUGUAGCACCUUCUGUGAGCACAAGCUUCCUAGAGCUCCCCCGACAUGAUUUAAAUAUUGACACAUCAGUUGGCAUUAAUUCAAAUGGGGAUGUACAUGGCUUAUGUUCAGGGUUAUCGUCUAUUAACAUUAAUAAUCAUCUAGAAGAUUCAUAUUUCACUCCUGAUGCAGAUGGGUUACCAGAUGGGUUACCUUUAACCCAUAACUCGAUCAAUUCCUCUAUAGGGCAGCAUUUGCAGCAAGGUAAUGGGCAUUCAACAGAACACUCAACCAUACCAGCAUUUUGGGAAGAUAUCAUUGUCGAUGACAUACUACUUAGAGAUUAUGAACAACAAAAAAUCAGCAAAGGAAUCAAUUAUCUGUCAUCUGGGCUUCAUUCAUCUUGUCUACCUCAGAAUGUAAACCAAUCAAGCCAUCAACCGUUGCAGCAAGAUCAAAUUUAUCACCAGAAUCAUUUGGGAAAAACUUCUGAGUCUUUUAAUGGACACUCGCAGACAGGAUUUGUGAAACAUGUGGAGAGUAAAGAUAAUGGUACAGGUAUUGAUAGCAUGAUUGCUUCAGACAUGGGAGAGAACAACAUUAUAUCUAAUAUUUUGUCUUUGGAAUUAGAUGCAUGGGAAGGUUCAUUAGAUAAGUUGUUGGGUGAAAGUGAUGAACUGUACAAACCCUUUAAAGCGCCUACUUUGCGGAAAGUGCAAGACAAAAAUCAGUCAAGGUUUUCCUUUGCAAGACAGGAUGAUUUCAAGAAUGAGGCUUCUAAUUUGCAACAAUCAUUUGAGGCUACUAAACUUGAUCCUGAGGGGAACUUUUCAUCAGGUGGUUUAGUGGGAAACAAAGAUACACACACUGGGAGAUACCCACAUGUCUUCCCAUCUGGCAAUUCUAUCCUAUCAGAUAAAUUUGUUGGAAGUCAAUUUUAUGUGCCCUCCAAUGUUUCCAUGUCAAAAGCUCACACAUCAAGCCCACCAGGAUUUUCAUUGUCCAGCAGAAUACCUCCAGGGUUUUCGUAUGGGAGAGUAGAGCAGGAUUGUAAUAGUUCUGUGAAACAUUUGCAACCACAGUAUGUUUCUCCAUCUGGAAAUACUGACAGGAUAGGAGAUGAAUUUAACAAUCUUGCAGUAUUGGACUUUGGUAAGGGCACAAUGGCAGAAAGGAUGAAUAAUGCUUCUUUUGACAUGAGGCAGACUUCAUUUCCUCAGUUUAGUCCUCGUGAAGAUGAUCCUAGACUUAAGCUGUUAAUGCAACAAUCCACACCUACACAGAAUUUAAGAGUUCCAGAUCAUGUUGGAAAUAGGUUUUUCCCCCAAAUUGAUGCUUAUAGAGUUUCUUCAAGGUUUCUUGAUCAAUUUCAGUCCAACAGUCCAUCAAUUUAUGAACAAAUACAUUCUCAAGAGUUCAGUAGUAAUACUCUUGCAUCAAAUAACCAGUGGGGUGGUUGGAAUGAUGCCAAGAAUUUCAGUGGCCUGUCUAAAUCAGAAGUAUUGAAUAAUGAGAGAGUUGGAUUUAGUAAUUUCAUGCCUAGUUAUGACAAAUAUUAAGUUUUAAGCACCUGCAUCCACUGAUCUAAUAGAACAGUGGUGGUGGUUUUGUGUCACCGAAAUUCCUCUUCAAAGCACUAAUGGAGCCCUCAGAUGACAGUCGAUGUGAACCAAACCUUGUCGCAAGAAAUGUCAGAGAUUCCUUGAUUUGGCUGAAAUUAUGUUCUAGUAAUGUCAUGUUAAAGAGUAUAUCAAGACACAUUUCGAAUCAGUUUUGAAUUUAAAUACUCUGAAUUGCAUUCACAAUUCUGAUAUCAAAUGGUCAGUAGUAUCAACCACCCUGUGCUUAGCUUCAUUGCCAAGCGCCAGAAUCUAAGGCAGACUUCUUUUGACACAUCUGGCUGGCCUCGGAGGUUUUUAUGAGUGGGACACAAUUAGUUUAUGCCAUCAAACUGCAGAACUUGACAGCUAAGAUGAUAAUGGAUGGGGAAUUCAUGCUAAGAAUGGUGAAAGAGCUCAUAGAUUAGAUGUUUUUUCAUCGUGCUUGAAACAGUAUGUCCUGAAUUUUUUACUUAAGUUGCUGUUAUACACUGGUACUGUACUUAAUGUAUAUUUGUGAAUAUAUAUAUUUUAAUGUUAUUAAUGUUCU